CAAAUACUUAGCCAUGUUUAAUCUGAAGUUCUUGCUGCUGCUGUCCGUCAUCUGCUUUGUGACCCAGGAGACCAUUGUGGCUGCCAGCGAGCGCAAUUGCAAUUGUGCCAACGCCUGCUCCCGUUGCAGUUGUGCCAAGUGUCCUGAAUGCGAGCGUUGCUGCAAGUGUCUGAGCGCCUGUAGAUGCGAUUGCCGCUCGUAGUGGAAGGCUUAGUUUCGAUGCGCAUUUAGUUGGUUUUGUAAUUUAUCCAGUUGUUGUCAUUAAAGUGUUGCAACCUUUGCAGCAGAAGAAUGGAAAAGUAA